AUGUGUUUUAGUGUUACAAAUCAACUUUUUUUGCAUUAAUUAAAUUAUAUUCUGAUUUGAAGGGUGAACUUUUGGUGCAAGGUUGUUGGAGUGGCCUUGCUCAGGACAGUUAAAGGAUGAAAAAUCAGCAUGAUGAAAACAGUUUUUAAGAUCAUUUUGAAUUCUAGGGUAACUUUUUUUAAGUUUUGAUUUCAGGAUAACUUAAAUAGAGAUGUUCCAAAAACUGAGCAAAAGUUUUGUUUUUUAAAUACGUUUUUUGUAUGGUCAUUGGGUCAUUUAUCUCAAUGAAAAGAUGCAAACUUAAUCUCUUCAAUGAUUUAUAAUUUGGCUUCCCUCUUUGUCGGUCGUGAUUGAGUUACAAAAGGAGAAAAAAAAGCAGGAGGGGGGUGUCCAGCUUUGUCUUUGAUUGUUCUUUGACAGCUGCUGCAGAGGCUGCGGGGCUGUCAGAGCGGUUGGGAGUGACAGCAAGGUGACUGAGGAGAUGCUCUAUAAAUUGUUAGCGCAGUCCCAACGGCGCCACAGAGCUGGGCAUCAGCCGAAAGCUGUCUGCGCCACUUUAGUGUGCACUGCGCAACCACAGGCCGUCGGAGUGAUGGCCGCCAAGGCGGAACUCUCAAGCUGGCCAGAGUAUGCGGAUGACUUCUCUUUGCUGCAGCAGCAGCGCAACCUGGCUGUCAUCCACUCCAAGACUUGGAUUUCCUCUAAUUCCCUCCGUGCGUUCUCGAGGAGAGACGCAGCCCCGGAGUCAUCUCACAAACCCGCGCCAGCUCUGAGCGUCACAGAGAGCAGCCCCGAUAAUGAUGCAGCCAAAACCAGCAACCUGGGUCCUCAGAGACACAGGCGCGUGGCGGCAAACGCGCGGGAGAGGCGGAGGAUGCACGGCCUGAACAAAGCCUUCGACGAGCUGAGGAGCGUCAUUCCAUCUCUGGAAAACGAGAAAAAGUUGUCCAAGUAUGACACCCUGCAGAUGGCGCAGAUUUACAUCACGGAGCUGUCGGAGCUGCUGGCCGGCGUGGUGCACGAAGAGUGCAGGAGUCCGCGCUCCGGGGCGGCGGAGAAGACCUCCAGGAGGACCUUUACGCGCUCCAUCAGGCCAGCAGGAGAGGAGCGAGAGCAGCUCCUCUUCCUCGGACAGACGGCGGACUUUGGAGCAGAUGCUUCAGGACCUUCUUCCAACAGCAGCGACGGGGAGUCCUCGCAUCUCAGUGACAUGGAGGAGAAUCAGAGCCGGAGACACUGACAGAAACUCCUCACCUCCUCUCAGAGGUCUCUGCAGACAGACCUCCUCCACCUCAGAAGUCAUUAGAUUAGAUAUAGUGUUUAAUUCUUAAAAUACUGCAGGUUUCUCUGCUCAGAAUGGUGAACUUUCAAUUACCUUUUUGAAUGCACUUUAACAGUAGCUGCUGGCAAAGUCCAGCUAGAUUAAUUCAAAAACAAGUAUUUUUCUAUUUAUGUUUAUCCAAUUUGUAAGGGAUGUUUUGC